GUCUCUAGCAUCAUCGCAUCAGUAGCGGAGUGCUUCAUUAACUUGUCAAAGGAGAGAGAGCUCGAGGAGAGUGUAGCAAGGAAAAAAGAAGAGCAAUGGCGUUCUCCACUCCUCUCGCUAGCGGCGCGCCUCUCGUCGUCGUCGCGGCGGUGAUCCUGCUCGCCGCCGCCAUGGAAGCUGAGGCCGACACGAGGCACUACCAGUUCGAUGUGCAAAUGACGAGCGUGACGCGGCUGUGCAGCACCAAGAGCAUCGUGACGGUGAACGGGCAGUACCCGGGGCCGACGCUGUUCGCGAGGGAGGGCGACCACGUCGAGGUCAAGGUGGUGAACCACUCCCCCUACAACAUGAGCAUCCACUGGCACGGCGUGCGGCAGCUGUUCAGCGGGUGGGCGGACGGGCCGUCGUACAUCACGCAGUGCCCUAUCCAGCCGGGGCAGAGCUACGUGUACCGAUUCCAGAUCAUCGGGCAGCGCGGCACGCUGUGGUGGCACGCGCACAUCUCCUGGCUCCGCGCCACCGUGCACGGCCCCAUCGUCAUCCUGCCCCCGGCCGGCGUGCCGUACCCGUUCCCGACGCCGUACGAGGAGGUGCCCGUCAUGUUCGGCGAAUGGUGGAGGAACGACACCGAGGCGGUGAUCGCGCAGGCGCUGCAGACCGGCGGCGGCCCCAACAUCUCCGACGCGUACACCAUUAACGGACUCCCUGGCCCUCUCUACAACUGCUCGGCUCAAGACACGUUCAAGCUGAAGGUGAAGCCUGGGAAGACGUACAUGCUCCGGCUCAUCAACGCUGCACUCAACGACGAGCUCUUCUUCUCCAUCGCCAAUCACACGCUCACCGUCGUCGACGUCGACGCGGUCUACAUCAAGCCCUUCACCGUCGACACCCUCGUCAUCGCGCCGGGGCAGACCAGCAACGUGCUCCUCGCCACCAAGCCAUCGUACCCCGGCGCGACCUACUACAUGGAGGCGCGGCCGUACACCAACACGCAGGGCACCUUCGACAACACCACCGUCGCCGGCGUCCUCGAGUACGAGGACCCCUGCCCCUCCGGCUCCUCCUCUUCCGCCAAGAAUCUCCCGGUCUUCGCGCCGACCCUGCCGCAGAUCAACGACACAAACUUCGUGUCCAACUACACCGCGAAGCUCCGCAGCCUCGCGAGCGCCGAGUACCCGGCCGCCGUGCCGCAGCAGGUGGACCACCGCUUCUUCUUCACCGUCGGUCUCGGGACGCACCCCUGCGCUGUCAACGGGACGUGCCAGGGCCCCAACGGGUCCCGGUUCGCGGCGUCCAUCAACAACGUCUCCUUCGUGCUCCCCACGACGGCGCUGCUGCAGUCCCACUUCACCGGCAAGUCCAGGGGCGUCUACGCUUCCAACUUCCCGGCCUUCCCGCUGAUGCCGUUCAACUACACCGGCACGCCGCCGAACAACACGAACGUGAUGAACGGGACCAAGGUGGUGGUGCUUCCGUUCGGCACCAACGUGGAGCUGGUGAUGCAGGACACGAGCAUCCUCGGCGCCGAGAGCCACCCGCUGCACCUGCACGGCUUCAACUUCUACGUGGUCGGCCAAGGGUUCGGCAACUUCGACCCGGCCAACGACCCGGCCAAGUUCAACCUCGUCGACCCCGUCGAGCGCAACACCGCCGGCGUGCCUGCCGGCGGCUGGGUCGUCAUCCGCUUCCGUGCCGACAACCCAGGUGUGUGGUUCAUGCAUUGUCACCUGGAGGUGCACAUGAGCUGGGGUCUGAAAAUGGCAUGGCUGGUGCUGGACGGCAGCCGACCUGACCAGAAGCUCCCUCCACCACCGUUGGAUCUGCCAAAAUGCUAGGCAUAAGAGAGUCGCAACAACGGCCAAGAUCGAUUGCUUCGCUUCAUAUUCAUAGUUGUCCAUCGCAUCGUUUGCUGCUUCGUUUCCUCUAUAUCGGUGGUCGCCGUUUUGGUAUUCUACACGUCGCGAUUGUUUCGUAUAGUGGUCUGUGCUUUUUUGAAUCAAUUGAUUUCCCAGGGACUGAUCGUGUUUCUCAGCCACCUAAUCUAGCUGUGUUUGUGUGGAGUUCAUAAUUUCAUCGGCAUUGUGAGAGGUUUGCGUCGGCAGAGCUUCCCUCUUACGAGUGCUUCUUGUAGCUCAAAGGCCUGAUUUUGUAUCUUGUAUGUAUAGCGCAAUGUAUGAUUGCGCUUGUUGGGGUAAUAAAAUGUAUAUGUGAUUG